GCGACGCUGCCAGCGUGACGUAUAAUCUAGUGGACGGUUCUUCAUAAACAGCUCGUCAACCACCUCGGUAGCUUGCUAGCCAACAUAGCCGAAAGAUUCAAGCUAUUUAUUCGCUUUCGGUGUAUAUUACCUACUGUGUUUUCGACACACUUAGGUAGUAUCUACUUGUUAACCUAUUUAAUUUAAUAUUACGUUAUUUUGUAUUAGUCAGCUAUAGUAGCUGGCUGGUUAAGUUAGCACUAGCCUAGUCGCUAAUGAUAGCUAGCUAGCUAUUAUCCCCGACCAUGAGCUCACUAAAUAUCCCCCCUCUCGUUAAAGAAGAGGGGGUCUGCUGGACGGAGAAAGAAGCUCUGGGGCAGAAUAUUGUCGUGAAAGAGGAGAAGGAAGAAGAUGAUGUGACAGUAAAACAAGAAGUAGAGGAUGAGGCUGUUACAGUGAAAGAAGAAGAGAAAGACGCAUUCAGAGUGGAAGAGGAUGUUACAUUGAAAGAAGAGGAAGUGAAAGAGGAGGAGGCAGUUUUUGGAGUGAAGAAGGAGAAAGAGGGAGAGAUAACGGUCAUAUUGACAGAGGAGUCAGGAGAUCUGAUUACCACCAGAGAGAGACCAGACUCUGACAGCGGGAGGAGUUCCUCAGAGGAAACAGACCCAGAGACGCCUAACCAACACCACUGCUCCCACUGUGGAAAGAGUUUUAGGUGGUUAUGGGUCCUGAAAACGCAUGAGAGAAUACACACAGGAGAAAAGCCGUAUCACUGUUCUCACUGUGGAAAGAGUUUUAGGUUGUCAAGGAGUCUGAAAAUGCAUGAGAGAAUACACACAGGAGAAACGCCGUAUCACUGUUCUCACUGUGGAAAGAGUUUUAGGUUGUCAAGGAGUCUGAAAAUGCAGGUCAGGGAGAAGAGCCUCACUCUGACCUCUGUCGAGUUGAAGUAUCUGCUCUCCAGGUGAAAUUUCAGCUCUGGUGCAGAUGUGCCCAUCUGCUCUCCAGGUGUAGACCCAGGGGGCCCGUUUAGAACCUUUUUAGGACAUUUCGAGAUGACAGAUGUUUGUGUUUGGUCUAUUAAUGUACCCGUGAGUUGAAAUUUUUAUAAUUUUUGCAUUUUUGACAAAAUUAGACUCCUUUAAAGUGCCAGUUUUUCGCUCAGGUAGGGUAUCAGCCUGAGCUAUUUAAAAACACGUUUUCAACAUUUCAAGAUAGCAGUUAGUUUAGUUUGAUGUAAAUAAAGAUAGCUGAGAAGUGGGACUCUGUCAUUGUUUCUGACAAGAUCUCUCAUUGAUCUCGGGUUCAGCCACCAGGGGGCACCAAACCUCUUUGAAAAGUUCAUGUGAAUAGUUACCACUUCUCAGGAGAUGAUAGACUUAGCCUUUCAAAUGUUUUGUAAUGAUGGGAUGGCUAUUGAACAGAACUUUAAAACCUGGUUUUCUUGUAUGUACCAGUUCAUGAAAUCACACAUUUGACAUUUAUACUCACUGAGUCUGUACAUAGUCAAAGCUUUCCUUAAGUUUGGGUCAGUCACAGUGGUCAGGUAUUCUGCCCUUUCUCCGCCUCUCUCCCUUUUCACUCCCCUCUCUCCCUUUUCACUCCCUCUCUCCGCCUCUCUCCCUUUUCACUCCCUCUCUCCGCCUCUCUCCCUUUUCACUCCCUCUCUCCGCCUCUCUCCCUUUUCACUCCCUCUCUCCGCCUCUCUCCCUUUUCACUCCCUCUCUCCGCCUCUCUCCCUUUUCACUCCCUCUCUCCGCCUCUCUCCCUUUUCACUCCCCUCUCUCCGCCUCUCUCCCUUUUCACUCCCUCUCUCCGCCUCUCUCCAUUUUCACUCCCUCUCUACGCCUCUCUCCCUUUUCACUCCCUCUCUCCGCCUCUCUCCCUUUUCACU